CUGACAAGGCUCGUAAUUUGUCCAAGAAAAUCGUCGCGCUUCGGAUUGGCGUGGCAAUUCGUCGAUCCGCCUCGUGAAUUUGUAACUCCAGACUGAUCUUUGUUAGCACUUAGGUCACAAGUGGUGGCAGAUCGGCAGUCAUGCCAGACGUGCAAGCCCUCGUGAAUGAGUUCCUUUUCAAGCUUAAAAAACGCAAGAUUGAGGGCUCACAAGCAACGGCAAGGCAAACAGCAGUACUCCUUCGAUCAGUUAUUUCUCAGCAGCGAAUUCCAUAUACCCACCAGGCAGCUGCUUUGAUUGAUGCUGUGAAAGCAGUAGGAGAGCGACUGGUUUUAGCAAAUCCAGUCGAGCUUGCUGUCGGUAAUAUCAUCAGACGUGUUUUACAUAUUAUUAGGGAGGAGGAUCUUUCUCUCACUUCAGUUGCAAUGGCUGGGUUGGAUUUAUCAGCUGUAAGUGACGACGAAGAUGAAACAGAUCAAGAUGAUCAUCCUGUGUUGUCUGCCGCUGCAGUAGCUGCUGCUUCACGAAACACUUUGCGUCCACCUUCCUUGCAAACCCUUCUCGAGGAUCUGCCUGACUCGGCAGCUGUUCCUCAUUCUUCUUCAUCAGGGGGUGAUUCUGAAGGAAAAAGCAAAUCUGCUGACAAGAGUUCAAGAAGCCGGAAGCUGAAGCAUGAUGUUAUUGAAGCAGUGAAUGAACUUAUCGAAGAUAUUGACACUUGCCAUGAACAGAUCGCUGAGCAAGCAGUGGAGCAUAUUCAUCAAAAUGAGGUAAUAUUAACUUUAGGAAGCUCAAGAACAGUACUAGAAUUUUUUUGCGCAGCAAAGGAGAAAAAAAGAUCAUUCCGUGUAUUUGUUGCUGAGGGAGCUCCAAGGUAUCAGGGACAUCUACUUGCAAAAGAGUUGGUUGCAAGAGGUUUACAAACCACGCUCAUUACUGAUUCUGCUGUCUUUGCCAUGAUUUCACGUGUGAAUAUGGUAAUUGUUGGAGCUCAUGCUGUAAUGGCUAAUGGUGGAGUUAUUGCACCUGUGGGGUUGAAUAUGGUUGCUCUUGCUGCUCAAAGGCAUGCUGUUCCUUUUGUUGUACUCGCAGGCAGCCAUAAGUUGUGCCCCUUGUAUCCUCACAAUCCUGAGGUCUUACUUAAUGAGCUGAGAUCACCUUCUGAACUUCUUGAUUUUGGAGAAUUCUCAGAUUGCAUGGACUUUGGAAGUGGAACAGGCUCUCCACUUCUUCAUGUUGUCAACCCAACAUUUGAUUAUGUACCACCAAAACUGGUCAGCUUGUUUAUCACAGACACAGGAGGACACAAUCCAUCUUAUGUGUACCGGCUAAUAGCAGAUUAUUAUUCGACUGAUGACUUGGUGUUGCAGAGGAAGCCUGCUUCGGUCAAUUCAGUUCAGACCUGAGCAUUGCCAAGAAGAUCCUGCAUAGGUGGGGGGACAUGGAGAAUAUGAAGAGUUCAGUGCGGUGUAUACCUUCUCUUCGGGUCGCCAAAGACUUCGGGAAUUCAAGAAAGAAAGGGAAAAGAGGUGUUCCGAAGAAAGAGUAAAUGGUGUAAUGAAUUAAAACCUCGAGGAAGGUGUAUCUCAAUUUUGUGAUCGUUAUUGGUUGACAACUGAAAUCUUUAUUGAGAUAAUUAUGGGAAGAAUAAUCAAAGUUAGUGCUUUCUUUUUACUUUUUUUAUUCACUGCUUUCUUUACAUGGUAGGGAACUGAGAGUUGUAAUUUGGAAGAGAAUAAGCCAAAUAGCUGAGAGUUUGCUUGUCAAGAAACGUGUCGUCUCAUCUUGCAUAUAGUGAUGGUGCUGUAUUCAUAGCUUAUAGGGAUUUCUAGCAAAACGUUAUCAUGCCCGAGGUCUGUUUCUUUAAUC